AUGGUUGGAGGAUGCCAUUUGGCUAGUGAUAUCAUCAGCGGGGUCGAGUGUUACAACCCACUGUCCCAUGAAUGGAAAUUGCUGGGCCCUUCAUGCAAGCACCGAUGUGGUGCAGGAGUGGCUUCCUUGAAUGGUUGCAUUUAUGCAGUUGGGGGCUAUGAUGGAACCACUUGCCUUAACAGUGUAGAAAGAUAUGAUCCCAAGAACAAUGAAUGGAGAUAUGAUGUGGCCCCACUGGCAGAAAGCAAAAGAGAUGCAGGUGUCACCGAGCUAGGAGGUUUCCUGUAUUGUGUGGGAGGCCAUAAUGGACUGACCUGCCUCAGCUCUGUGGAAAGGUACGAUCCCGAAGAAAACAGGUGGUGUAAGGUAGCUCCUCUGACUUAUCGAAGAUCAGGUGUGGGUGUGGCUGCCCUGGGUGGCUACCUUUAUGCCAUUGGGGGUUCAGAUGGCCACUCUCCACUACGAUCAGUUGAACGCUAUGACCCCAUAGAGGAUGUAUGGAGUCCCUGUACUUCCCUAAGGACCUGUAGGGAAACCUUUGGCUGUGCUGUCUAUCAAGGGAAAAUCUAUGUGGCAGGUGGACGGGAUGAGAUCACAGAGCUGUGCAGUACUGAACGCUUUGAUCCUGACUCUAAUGAGUGGUUGCCAAUGAUGCCCAUGAGGUCAAAGAGAAACAAGGUCAGUCUAGUAGGUGCAAAUGGAUACCUCUUGGCAGUUGGAGGCUUUGAUGGAGUGCUACACUUGGCAACAGUGGAGGCUUUUGAUUUCGAAGUUAAUCAAUGGAGAGUAUUUGGCAACAUGAAGAAUCGUCGUCCAGGAGGAGGUGUGGGUGUUCUGAAGAUGACUAUUUAGAAGAGCUAACAUCCAAGCUGUUUGGAAUGAAGAGAAGUAAGAAUAAAAUAAACCUUUUCAGAAGUCUCAUCCACCCACAGAAGGUCCAUAGGGAGAGGGUUUGGGGAAGACUUUGGGUUCCCUAUACUCAGGUCUGUGAAUACAGAGAAAAUCAGAUACAGGACACCCUAAGAGCAUCAUUGACUUAACCCCAUGAUCUCUUCUCAGAUGACUGUUAGAAAAAUCCAAUCAUAUAUUCAGUACCAUCCCUAGCCAAGAAGGGGACCCAAGUCUUAAAGGAUAGGUUUCCACCAAAAAAAAAUCAACCUCUGAAUAGUACUUAUUGCUAUCCAGCCAGCUCUCCAUUAUCUCCAGACAGAAUCAUAGAAUUCAAAAGUAGAUAGGACUGUAGAAAACACCUAAUGUAGUGAUUACCAACCUCU